AUGUCAUCGACAACGUCAACUGCCGGAUUUUCCGCCUCGUACAUUGCAUACAAUGAAGGUCAUACCCUGGCUAGAAUCAGCUAUGCAAUGAUACCCAUUUCUGGUAUCAUUACUGCCGCCAGAUUCUGGUCAAGGAAGCGGAAGCACAUAUCAUACGGCUGGGACGAUUGGUUGACUCUGAUAUCUCUGCCGUCUACUGGGGCGGCGUUGGAAGAAACAUGGCAGUGGUUUUGGCAGAAGACAAAAUGUUUGUUCAUGACCGAAAUCGUGUACGGGACGUGUCUUUGUACGAUCAAAGCCGCCAUUUUGCUCAUGUAUCGCCGCAUCUUCCCGACUCGGCUUAUGGAAAUCGGAGGAUGGUGCAUUGGCGCUAUCACGAUAGCUUUCUGGCUUGCUGGUAUUCUUGUCAGCGUUUUUCAGUGCAGGCCGAUCCGCAAGACCUGGGACCCGUUCAUGGAAGGAGGAACCUGCCUGAACAAGUAUCAGUUCUUCCUGGGAAGCUCAAUCUCUAACAUUAUCACGGAUGCUUUCAUGCUCAUUCUGCCAGUCCUCGAGGUUCUAAGGCUGCAGAUUCGCUUCGGACAAAAGAUUGCUAUCGCAGGAAUCUUUCUGCUAGGCAGUUUCACACCGUCCAAUAAAUCCGGCGAUACGAGCGAGCUUGUAACAAUUGGAGGCGGGACGAACUUAAAGCACAGUGCGAAGCCUAAGGUAAGGGACUCAUUCAUGCGUCUGCAUGGCAACGACUCUACAGAGGAACCGGUCUUGUGGCCUAGUACCUAUGCGGGAGACUUGGCCACGACCAUUGAGGGAGCACAGGACGACAGCUCAAGCACGCAAGCUGCCAUCCCUCUGGACACAAUCAAGGUGCAGAAAGCCAUCACCUGGGUGGAAUCGAAACCGAACGUUUAG